GGGGUCGGUAAAUAUUGGUGACGUCACAGCGCGAAGAUGGCGGAGGGGGAGGAUGGGGGCUGGUGGCGCAGUUGGCUGCAGCAGAGCUACCAGGCCGUCAAGGAGAAGUCCACAGAAGCCCUGGAGUUCAUGAGGAGGGACCUGGCAGAGUUCACCCAGGUGGUGCAGCACGACACGGCCUGCACCAUCGCCGCCACGGCCAGCGUGGUCAAGGACAGGCUGGCGAGGACGGAAGGCUCCUCAGGUGCCACCGAGAAGGUGAGGAAGGGGCUGUCGGACUUCCUGGGGGUCAUCUCGGACACAUUUGCCCCCUCCCCAGACAAGACCAUCGACUGUGACGUUAUAACUCUGAUGGCAACGCCCUCAGGCACCACCGAGCCCUACGACAGUGCCAAGGCUCGUCUCUACAGCCUCCAGUCCGACCCAGCCACCUACUGCAACGAGCCUGAUGGCCCUGCUGAGCUGCUGGAGGCCUGGCUGGCUCAGUUCAGCCUGGAGGACAAGAAAGGGGAGGUGGCAGAGCUGCUGGCAACCAGCCCGUCCAUCCGGGCCCUCUACACCAAAAUGGUGCCCGUGGCUGUCUCCCACUCCGAGUUCUGGCAGCGCUACUUCUACAGAGUGCAUCGCCUGGAGCAGGAUGAGGCCCGGAGGGAGGCUCUGAAGCAGCGAGCGGAGCAGAGCAUGCACCAGGAGGAGCCAGGCUGGGAGGAGGAUGAAGAGGAGUUCUUGGGGAUGUCACCCCUGCCUUGUGCAAACAUCACAUUUCCAGAAGCAGCAGCCCAGAAAGAACCCGCCCCGGAGGGAGCCCACCCCACUGCUCCCCAGGGCCCCCCCGAGGGCAGCUGGGCCGUGCUCCCCCCGGAGCUGAGCCCCUCGGAGAGCAGCGAGAGCGUGUCCCUCGUGACUCAGAUUGCCAACCCUGCCUCUGUGCCUGCUGCACAGCCACAGACUGGGGCACAGCCCGCCGGCACCACCACGGAGCUCUCCCGGAGACUGGAGGAGGCCACCUUGGAAGAGCCGAAGCUCCCAGAAGCUGCUCAGCCUUCUGCACCUGCCCGGGAAUCAGCAGAAUCCUCGGAGCCAGGAGCUGGUGCGGAGCUCAGAGAGGGGGAUGGCAAAGGCCAGGGCAGGACAGAGACUCUGAGGGAGGAAGGGCCCACGGAUCUGCGAGUCUUCGAGCUCAACUCGGACAGUGGGAAGUCCACCCCAUCCAACAACGGCAAGAAAGGCUCCAGCACGGACAUCAGCGAGGACUGGGAGAAGGACUUUGAUCUGGACAUGACUGAAGAGGAGGUGCAGCUGGCGCUGUCCAAGGUGGAAAUGUCUGGGGAGCUGGAAGAUGAAGAGUGGGAAGACUGGGAAUAAAGCAGCUGCUUCCAGUGUGUGUCACAGGCUCAUUUCCACCAUCGAACGUGAAUCAAACCACGGACCGGCUGUUCCUUUGUGUGUGACUGUGCUGGGGAUUGCACUUCCAGGCUGGAAGGAGUUUCAUUCCCGCUAAAUCCUGUGGGCAACUCGAGUGACCCCUUCAGAUCCAGGAGGGGGAGGAAGCAGGAGGUCUCUGGCACACGUAGCCCGUCUUCUCCGUAGGUCCCAGAGACUGGCCAGGCCAAAACUGACCGCCCUGACCUGUGGGGUGGAGGCAGAGUGAGGGGUCCCCGUGGCACUGGGACCCCUGGCAGGGGUGUUUGGUGCUGCCAGGUGCCAGCUUGGCUCCUUGUUUGCUUGUGUGUUCACGUGUAACCCACGACUGGGAGGCUCCUGGAUGUGGCUGUUCCUGCUCCGCACCCCUGGCCCGGGAAGAACACACGGGGAGGGCCUGGAAGCUGGAGGUGCUGCACAAAAAAAGGCACUUGGCUUGUGGCUUUGACCCUGGGAAGAGCCAACCCCCACCCUUGCCAAACUCCGAGCUUCUGCCUGGCUUUUUGUCUUGGAAGCUUUUCCUCACGGAGACUCCCGUUUUCCAGCAGCUCCUCGAAGAGCCAAGGCCUGCUGCUCCCCCUCUUUGCAGCUGCACCACCUUCCUGCACUGGGCUUCGUGUCCUUCCUGGGUAGAUUCUCCAAGCAAAGUACUCGUGGCUUCUUCUUACUUGAGCCCUGCUGGGUUUGGGUCACCCCUGGAGCACAGAACCCCCUCGUUGUGGUGCCCAGUUCAGCCCUUGCAAAGCCCCAGCCUGGCCCACUGACCACUUUAACCCCUGCUUGGCCAUUCCCUCUGCCAGCCUAGGGGGAGGCAGAGGCUCCCAAGUGUGGGUGGGACCUGUUGUCCCCUCCUGACCCCUCGUGUCCCACCCGUGCCGGGUCCCACAGCCCCCAGGGCCACGGGCUUUGCUGUGCUCACUUGGAUCCCUUCACUGGAGCCCCCAUGACUGCUUGGCAACGCUUCCCUCAGCCCCACAGCCUCUUUUUUUGGGGGCAGUUCCCUUGCAAUGACACAUUAUGUUGCUAAUACAGAUUUAUCCCCGGGGGACAGUGCCCUUGGGGCUCCCCCUUGCCUUUGGGGUUGUGGUUUGGAAUGUGAUGCCUUUGUCCUGCCCCUCCCAGGGCUGUCCCACCAGAGCUGUGGGAUCCCUGCUGGGCCUGGACAGCACUAAAUGAGGUGCACUUGGAAGAGUUGGGGUUUUGGGGUGAGUUUUUCUGUGUUUUUUUUCCCCCUCCUUUGGGGAGAUUCUGCCCACACAGGUGGGAGCAUCCCAGUCCUGCCAAAGGGCCCGGGGACUGGGGACAGCUCUGCCUGGGGUGAGGUGGCUGCAGCCUUGUCCUGGCUCAGAUGGUGGGCAGGGCACACCCGUGGGGUGUUGGGGAGGGGAUUUGCUGGUGGCAGUCCCAGCUGGUCCCCGGGCAGAGCUUGAGGGGCAGCACUCUCAUCGGUGUCACUUUUCCUUUCUUCUUUAGUCCAAUUAACCGUUGGGUUGGUCGUGCAAUAUUCUUCUGUUCUGAAUCUCUGCAUCUCCCUGAGCCUUUCGGAGCUGGGGUGAGAGCUGGGAACAAUUCUAACAGCUGGUAGUUUUGUAACGAUGACUUUCUCCAAACCUUUUACAGACUUGCAGUUAUAACAGCAAUUAAAGGAAUUCUCAGAGUCUCU